AUGGCCUACCACCACGUACACCGCGAUGAAUCCCCGUUCUUCGCCCAGACGGGGCAGGAGCUCAACCUCGACGACAGCGACAUGUACGACGACGAAGACGAAGAAGACGAGGAUCUGCGGUCCCAGGUCGGUGGUGGCAGUUCGGAGACGUUCGAGAUGGUCAGCAGCACGGGCAAAAGACGAGAGGAUGCAUAUACCACAGGAAAAGGCGGCAGCCACAGCAGUGAGCGGCUCGUGGAAGGAGACUAUGUCGAUGCCGGGCCGUCAACAUCGGCAGCGGCUGGGAGAAGCCGUCGUCUGAGCGCCAGCUCCGUGGAGAGCUUCCAGCUGUACACGCCGGACGAGGAAAUGACUGUGAGGCGCAAGUUUGACCGCAAGCUGGUGCUUUUCGUGGCGCUGCUAUAUAUGUUGAGCUUCCUCGAUCGAUCCAAUAUCGGCAACGCGCGCAUCGCCGGCAUGGACGAAGACCUGCAAUCCGACCCCCCUCGCGACAACUGGUACGAAUGGGCUCUCACGUCCUUCUACAUUGCCUACAUUGCGUUCGAGUGGAUGUCCCUCUUGUGGAAGCUCAUCCCUGCGCACAUCUACGUCUCGGUGCUGGUCAUGACGUGGGGGAUAACGGCGUCGCUGCAGGCCAUUACCGUCUCGUAUCCGAUGCUCAUUACACUUCGCGUUCUGCUGGGCAUAGGAGAGGCUGGAUUUACGGGAGUUCCGUUCUACUUGAGCUUCUUCUAUAAGAGACAGGAAUUGGCUUUCCGCACAGCCAUCUUCAUCUCUGCCGCACCCCUCGCAACAAGCUUCGCAUCGACGCUCGCAUGGCUCAUUGUAAAGGUCGGCAAGCUCAGCCCCAUCGCCCCAUGGCGCCUCCUCUUCCUCAUCGAAGGCUUUCCCUCCGUAAUCGUCUCCGUCAUCGCCUGGAGCGUCAUCCCAGACUCUCCCCAAACAGCCCACUACCUCACCAAGCGCGAAAAGAAGGUUGCCCGCCUUCGCCUCCGCCAUGAAAUCCCCUCAGCUUCUUCAUCAACAGCCAACAAAAAAUCACCCGGCCUCAAGGUCAAAGAGAUUCUCUCAGUCCUCCGCGACCCCAUCGCUUGGAUCACGCCGGCUAUGUUCUUCCUCACCAACAUGGCCUACUCCUCCCUCCCCGUCUUCCUCCCCAAAAUCCUCACCGAAAUGGGCCACGACAAUCUCACCGCCCAAGCUCUCAGCGCGCCUCCUUACCUCCUCGCCUUCCUCAUCGUCCUCUUUACCGCCCACAUGUCCGAUCGACUCGCCACGCGAACCACCCCCAUCGUCUUCCACGCCCUCUCCUCAUGUCUCGGCUACACCAUCCUCGCCUUGUCCAACGUCCUCCACAUCCCGCCUUUUGUCCGCUACCUCGCAGUCUACCCCGCUGCCAUCGGCUUCUUCAACGUCGUCACCCUCGUCAUCGCCUGGAACAUCAAUAACCAGGCCAGCCAGAGCCGUCAGGGCGGCGGUUUCGCCCUUAUGCAAGUCAUUGGCCAGUGCGGACCACUUAUCGGCACGCGUCUCUAUCCCGAUCGUGAUGCGCCGUAUUAUACUAACGGCAUGCGAACUUGCGCAGUGGCCAUGCUCAGUGUGACCGUAUUGGCUGUAUUGCUCCGCUUCUAUCUGAAGCGUCAGAACCGCAAAAUGGACGAAGCCGAAAAAGAGAGACAGGCAGACGGCUCUACCGUCGAAGAAGAGGGCCUGGUUGCGCCUGGGAAGAAGCGAAGAUAUGCAGAUAAAUUUCGAUACAUGCUGUAA